AUGUCUGACGGUAUUACCACUCAAGUUGAAGAAUCCCAAAUUGAAACCAAUUAUGACAAGGUUGUCUACACCUUCGAUGAUAUGAAAUUGAAGAAGGAAUUGUUAAGAGGUGUCUUUGCCUAUGGUUUUGAAGAACCAUCUGCUAUUCAACAAAGAGCUAUUUUACCAAUUGUUGAAGGUAACGAUGUCUUGGCUCAAGCUCAAUCUGGUACUGGUAAGACUGGUACUUUCUCUAUUGCUGCUUUGCAAAGAAUUAACCCAGAAAUCAAGGCUCCACAAGCUUUGAUUUUGGCCCCAACCAGAGAAUUGGCUUUGCAAAUUCAAAAGGUUGUUAUUUCUUUGGCCUUAUACUUGGAUAUUAAAGUUCAUGCUUGUAUUGGUGGUACUUCUUUCGUUGAAGAUACCGAAGGUUUAAGAGAUGCUCAAAUCGUUGUUGGUACUCCAGGUCGUGUUUUUGACAACAUUCAAAGACACAGAUUAAGAACUGACAAGAUUAAAAUGUUUAUCUCUGAUGAAGCCGAUGAAAUGUUGUCCUCUGGUUUCAAGGAACAAAUUUACCAAAUUUUCACCAUGAUGCCUCCAACUACUCAAGUCGUCUUAUUAUCUGCUACUAUGCCAAGAGAUGUCUUAGAAGUUACCACUAAGUUCAUGAGAGACCCAGUCAGAAUUUUAGUUAAGAAGGAUGAAUUAACCUUGGAAGGUAUUAAACAAUUCUACAUUAACGUUGAAGAAGAAGAUUACAAAUACGAUGUCUUGACCGAUUUAUACGAUUCUAUCUCUGUUACUCAAGCUGUUAUCUUCUGUAACACCAGACGUAAGGUUGAAGAAUUGACUAAAAAAUUAACAGAAGCUGAUUUCACCGUCUCUGCUAUCUACUCCGAUUUACCACAACAAGAAAGAGAAACCAUUAUGAAGGAAUUCAGAUCCGGUUCUUCCAGAAUUUUGAUCUCUACUGAUUUAUUAGCCAGAGGUAUCGAUGUUCAACAAGUUUCUUUGGUUAUUAACUACGAUUUACCAACUAACAAAGAAAACUAUAUUCACAGAAUUGGUAGAGGUGGUCGUUUCGGUAGAAAGGGUGUUGCUAUCAACUUCGUUACCAACGUUGAUGUCGGUGCUAUGAGAGAAUUAGAAACUUUCUACUCUACUCAAAUCGAAGAAAUGCCAAACAACAUUGGUGACUUAUUGGCUAACAACAAGGAUGAUUAG